ACCACGGCAGAAGCCAGAGAAGAAGAAGAAGAAGAAGGGUACCAAUCAAGGCACUUUGCAGUCACUCUUUUGAACGUUCGACAGAAAGGAGGACAGAGACUGAAACAAUGAAAAGUGCUCACUCUUUAGCUGGACUCCUGCUCCUGAUCAUCAUCCAAAGCAGCUGGCAGGUGCCUGACCAAGACACAGACCACAACUCCAUGCUAUUGACUGAAAACUCGAUGCUCAACGAACCCACUGAGCUCUCAAACAUGAAGAGACAUUCGGAGGGAACGUUUUCCAACGACUACAGCAAAUACCUGGAGACGAGAAGAGCGCAAGACUUUGUCCAGUGGCUGAAGAACUCAAAAAGGAACGGGAGCCUGUUCAGACGCCAUGCAGACGGCACCUACACCAGUGACGUGAGCUCCUACCUGCAGGACCAGGCAGCCAAGGAGUUUGUGUCCUGGCUGAAGACCGGCCGAGGCAGGAGAGAAUAAACUCAACCAGAGCGCCCCUCCAGCUUUUCCCAUUCUCAAAAGUAAUGCAACUAUUCUCACUGACUCUGUGCCAUUAUAUGUUCCACAUUCUGUAGUAGACUUUUUUUUUUCUUGGUAAUGCUUAUUAAAUUAAAUUCCUUUCACAAGAAGCCCUGUUGGCCUUACGUGGUUGAAAGACAUGUUGUUUAAUUAGGUCACAAUAUGUUUGAAAUGCAUCUCCUUCAUCGAUGAUUGAUUCAUCUUCUCCUCGCAUUUCCAUCUUCCAACAACCUUUCACAAGUUUAUAAGAACGAGUUCAUCAAUUACAUCUGUAGAUAGUCUCAGUACCUUUUCGUAUUAUUCAGAAAAGUCAUAUUUAGUUUUCAAUAAAGAAAUGUGUACAAUC